CCUUGUCAUUAUCUCUCUGUGGACUGCGGUUAGGCGGUCGGUACUCUUCCUUUCCUCCUUUCCUCUCGCUUCUUUAGACGCCGAAGACAUCGCCUCUCUCACUUCCCCAUGGAGACCAAAGCCGAGCCCGCCGUCGAAUCCGCGCUUCCCCCCCAUCCGUCGCGCCAUUCGACUUCAUCCCCGUCUUCCCCCAUCCUCGUCGACGACUCGGCCGGCGGAUCCGCGUCCGCGGCGGGGGAAGGGAGCGGCGCCGAUGUGGUGAUGCUCGAAGGGCCGGCGAGCGGCGGGGGUGGGGGCGGGGCCGCGGUGGAGGACCGCGUGAAGGGGCCGUGGUCUCCGGAGGAGGACGUGAUCCUGAGCCGGCUGGUGAGCAAGUUUGGGGCGAGGAAUUGGAGCCUGAUCGCGCGGGGAAUCCCCGGUCGUUCCGGGAAGUCCUGCCGCCUCCGCUGGUGCAAUCAACUCGACCCUUACGUCAAGCGCCGACCCUUUACUGAGGAAGAGGACCGUAUCAUUAUUGCUGCUCAUGCAAUCCAUGGUAACAAAUGGGCAUCGAUUGCAAGGCUUUUAGAGGGGAGAACUGACAAUGCAAUAAAGAACCACUGGAAUUCCACUUUGCGUCGUAGAUGUACGGAAGGUGAACGGCAUAAAACAUGUGAUACUCCUCGGGAAGUUAGCAUUGAGAAAAACAAAGGUCCUUCAGAUGAGUCUCCGUCUUUUGACAAUGUCAAUUCCUUGAAGUCCAUGGAAUUAAGAGACCCUAGUUCAAGGGAAAAUGUUUCCGACAAUUCCGGAGAGGUUGUCAUCGUCAGAAAUGAACCGCCCAAGCCUGAGAUAAAAGACCCACCCUACCUCUUCCGACCAAUUGCAAGGGUGAGUGCUUUCAGCCCAUAUUCUUGUAUAUCUCGUCAGCCGAGUGGUCUUGAAGUGGCAAGACGAGGCCAACCGGAUGGCCCUCUGUAUGAAGCAUUGAAACCUGGUGGUGACAUCUGCAAAUUCCUUAACAAUAUCUCCUGUGAGCCUCAGGUUCCACAACGAUGUGGGCAUGAUUGCUGUGGCAUUCAAGAUAAGGGUCGUUCUAGUGGCUCAUUGUUGGGUCCCGAGUUUGUUGAGUUUGAAGAGCCUCCACCCAUUUCAAGUCAUGAAUUGGCCUCGGUGGUAAAAGAUAUUAGCAGCAUUGCUUGGCUUAAAAGUGGCUUGAACGGUAGUAGCACCAUAUGCUAGUCAUCAGACAGGUGGAUUUAGCAGUACAUAUCUGAUGAUUAACAUAAGAAAGAGGAUCCCGAUGGUCAUUUCUGCACCUUAAAGCAAUGUAAGCUGAUUCAGUGAGCAUGAUGAAGCGGUGGUUAGCAUCAGAAAAGAAAACAAGAAUUCAGAUGUUUGACCGGAGGUCUACUUGGAACUGUAUCGAGUAUCCAUUUCCGACAGCAAAAACAUUGUCCCAUUGAUCAUUGUGGCAUCGUCCUGUUGCGGUUCCAGAUGACUACAUCAUUAUGAUGAUGAUGCUGUUGUAUUUCAUUGUCUAGGUAAGUACUCCAUGAAUUGUCAAGACCUGCUUUGGGGAGCACGUGAAUAUGCUUCAAAUGGAUCAGAGCUCUGUAAGAACCUCGGAAAUUUUGGUACUUUAGACUUGUAGUUUCUUUUUGCAA